GGGACAUUUUCUUAUCAGCCCCCCUCUAUCGCCCAUUAUCAGUCUCUAUCGCAGCGCUUGAAGUGACAUGGGUUUGAUUUUAUUUCUCGUCAUGCAAGGUCCCAAACCCCCCAUUGCGAAUCAAUCGGGCUCCUCACCGCCACCGUCGAAUUCAUCCCACCAUUCUUCGCUUCCCGAUUGCAGCCGCCUCGCUGAAGAGAAUGCAUGGUAGAUAGGCUGUGAUUGAAAGAAAAUAUGGCUUCAAGCGGAGAUGGCGUGAAUCCUCUCCGACCGUACUACAUUCCCCCAAGGAUCGGGGAGCAGACCGGCUCCCUUCCCCGGGCCAAUCCUUUCUCCAAUUCCACGACAGCUUCGUCUGCCGCAAAUGCGACGACAUCAUCGGCCAAGUACGCCUCCAAGGCACGCGACAUAUUCCCCGACAUCGACUACAAAGAUCAUCUCGACGACCUAUCACCGUCUACCAUCGAAUCAAUAAAGCAAUUCAUCGACGAGCUAUUAUGGAAGUACACAUCGGUAUUCAUGGCCCAGCCUUUCGAGGUAGCCAAGACAAUACUUCAAGUGCGAAUCCAAGAUGAUUUGGGUGGACUAAAUGCGUCGCCGGCCGAAGUCGUAAGACCGAGCAUUGCCAGCCCGAGGAGCUCUAUAUAUGGCGAGUUUCCCGACUCAGAUUCAGAUCCCGAUGAACCUGCAUACUUUACCUCCAGCGCUCCAUACACACCCACCCCUUCCUCUCGUCGCCGCCGGAGAGGAUCAACACCGCCGCCGGAAUCGCCGCAACUUAAUGCCAAGGCCUCUGUUCCCUCUUACCAAAUAGCAUUGCGUCGACCGGAUUCAAUCCUAGACGUUAUAUCACAGCUUUGGUCCAAGGAAUCAGCUUGGGGAGUGUGGAAAGGAACCAACGCAACCUUUCUAUACUCUAUACUUCAGUCUCUACUAGAAAACUGGGGGCGGAGUCUGCUCAGUGCGUUACUGAAUGUACCUGAUUUGGGAGUCAAGGACGACGUCGAUAGACUAGUGGACAUCGCCUCCCCUUAUCCGUGGGCCUCGUUAUGUGUUGCGGCAGCGGCCGCUGUCACUACUGGCCUUAUCCUUGCUCCCCUCGACCUUAUCCGAACACGUUUAAUAGUGACUUCCACAUCACGAGCACCCAGACGAACACUGGCAUCUCUACGGUCUCUACCCUCAUGGGCCUGCCAUCCGAUGCUCAUCGCACCCACAAUCUUGCACUCUCUCGUACACCCAUUCAUAACACUUUCAACGCCCCUUGUUCUCCGCUCACAAUUCCUUGUCGACCGUGAUCUAUCUCCCAUCACAUUCUCCAUUGCCAAAUUCUGCACCUCAUGUGCAUCUUUAUUCGUCAAGCUUCCACUCGAAACCGUGCUGCGUCGAGGACAAAUGGCUGUAUUAGCAGAGCCCUCAUACCUAGAAGCCCUUGACAAGACAAGCAAGAUGGAGACAAUUGUACCACCGGGUCCCUAUGAUGGCGUUGUCGGGACCAUGUAUACGAUUAUGUCAGAGGAAGGUUCCAGGUCUAUCGCUGUGCCGGCUAAGAACACACAGCGCAAGAAGAACAGGGCUAAUAAUAAUAAGCCCGUCGAUGUAAUCUACAAAAAGGGGCAAGGUCUAAAUGGUCUAUGGCGUGGGUGGAAAGUGAGUUGGUGGGGACUAGUCGGUCUAUGGACUGCCAGUAUAACUGGCGGUGGAGGCGAAGGCGAGUUUUAAAGCACAUCCAAGCCAGGAUUACCACGUUCUUGCGAUCAGUGUGUACUUCGAAAAGGGCAUUGGCCUGGGGCGGUUAUACCCAAGACAUUCUUUGUUGGGGGGUUCGAUUGAAUUUUGUGAUUACGAAAGCGCUUAUGAGCUAUGGCAUGAUAUCCCUUAUCACUUAUUGUACGAAUUACUCACUCAAUACAAAACUUUCAAUGCAUACAUAUAGAUGUAG